AUGGAUUCUUUCCUGAAGCAGCAGGUGCCAUCGCAAAAGGCCGGUGACCAGAUAUGGGUUUCUUGGCGCACGAAAUGUUGCUCCCCUCACAUUGAAGCGAAAUGUGCAGCCGUGAAGCAAAAGCAGGGGAUAUGGAAGGAGAAGGAGCCAAAGCCGGAGCGGGGAUCGAACCAACAUGAGGUCAGAGGGAGAAGAUUCCCCCGCCUUCGUGUCCUUUUCCUUUUCUUGUUGACCUGUGCCAGCAUUUGGUGGUAUGCCUAUCCGUCGUACGUCGAUUACCACUUCACCGUCGGCGAUAUGAAGCUCGCCAAAGGACAAAACGGCCUCCAGGCCUUUGUGGCCGCGGUCUUUGCCGCUCUUAGUGUCAAUGUUGCAGCUGCUGUGUCGUGCAACCCGUACACACCCUUCGAGCCCAUUGACCCUCAGAAUUGGGUGAAUCCCGACAAUAUGACGUGGGACGACUGGGUGAAGCCGCCCGGUACUGACUGGUCGAACCCCGCUCGCAAGGGUUCCAACCGCAACUUCAACAUCGCUCUUGUAGUUGUGGACUAUCCUGAUAGGAACUUUACAAUCAGCCAGCCUGCGCACUCGACCAUUUUUAACAACCCGCAACCCGCUGCUGCCGACAUUCCGCGGGAGAAGGUACCGACUUUCUAUCGCGAUCUUCUAAACACACCAAAUGAGCUAAACCAGGGCCACACCCUCCACGAAUACUGGAUGGAGGACUCUGUUGGGCGAUUUGGAGUUGACUUGACCGCGUUCGGUGCUUAUCGACUUCCCGGUAAUGGAUACCACUACGGUAUCUCUGACGACAUGAAUCCUGGCGCGUGUCCAGUCGGAGAAAUAUGUAAUCUUAAUAUUCGAACGGAUGCACUUAAUGCCUGGAGAAACGAUGUCGGCAACGAAACUGCACAGCAAUUUGAGCUGGUCUUCAUUCUCUCUGCUGGCCAGGACGAGUCAUCGACAUGGCAAGAAUUCGGCGAGAUGAUGUUCAACGGUCCUGAGGAUGUUCCUGAUGAAUUCGGCCCACCAAAGACUGGCAACACUUCCUUGCCGAACUGGGCACGCACCCGUUAUGUUCCCUGGUCGUCUUGGGCGGCAGCAUCUACACUGUGGCCCAACGCCGGAGGCGGCUCUUCCACUCAAGGUGAGAGCUCUGGCAUGGCUGUUUAUGCCCACGAGCUGAGCCACCUGCUGGAUAUUGGUGACAACUACAAUAACCCUUAUGGUACUCCAAUGCGGAGAGCUUACACCGGUAUAUGGUCUAUGAUGUCCAGAGGUUCUUUCAAUGGCCCUGGGGGACCACACACCAGAUGGCAAAUCCCAGCGCUCCAGGGCUCGUCCAUGGGAUCGUCGCACACCCUACGUGACAAGUUCCAGCUUGGGCUCAUUGAGAGAUCCGAUAUUCUCUGGCUGUCCCGUGAGGCAUUGGCGACUUCUGGAAUCGCUGUCGCACAGCUGACGGCUCGCUCCGUUGACCCUGGCGAUGGAUUGAUGGGAAUCCGGAUCAUCAUGGACGCUGACCGAUCGCCAGCAUGCAAUGCCACAACUGAUCCUCUGUGCGACGGCGGUGGCUGGAACAACUACGACAUUGAAGUGGUUGACCGCAUGGGUGCCGACUCUUUUACCCCCGACUCGGGUGUUUUGCUCAGCAAGUCAAAGGAUGUUGACCGUCAACCCUUCCAAUGGGUCAUUGACGCUCACCCAGAAGACAUUGAACUCGUCGACUUCUACAGACCCAAUGGUACCGUAUCAAUGAUUACCAUAGGCGACUACCGCCAACUGGCCGAUGCGCUUUUCCACGCGGGGACGAACUCUGGCAGCGAGUUUGAGUAUAUCGAUAAGGCCAAUGAUCUGCACUUUUACAUAAUCGACCGUCAUCGUGACAGCGAAGGUGCCCUUUCAUACACGGUCGCAGUCCGUUCCAUUGGAGGAGAGGGCGGAUUGAACGUCCACGACGUCUCGCUGGAGGAUGGGCUGGUGACGGACUUAAAGCAUAACACGCCGACCGGAAAAGGCGUGACUUGCUCAUUCCAGCUUACGAACAGCGGUUCCUACGUGGCCAUCGACCCGAAUGACGCUCAGCACCCCGAAGAUGUCUCCGCGUUCCUGGACUCUGACGUUUACAGGCUGAGUGCUGAGGUAGAGGGCGCUGGCUGGCGCGUGGAGGUUCCGAAUGCCCUCCUCACUGCCAAAUUCGGCGAGGCCAAGACUGCGCGCGUGUCGGUGGGAGCUGGUGAUGAUGCCGCAGCUACAGCUGUGGUGACUCUGAAGGCCACUUCGGAGUCGGACCCUUCAGUUGUUGCAUCGGCCGUGUGCAAGGUGUCGAAAUCGUAA